AUGCGCAGAAUUGGAAUCCGUGCUUUGUCCACGCCAGUUGAGCCAAAGGAGAAGGCCAGCUCGAUCAUCAACGCCUUGCCAGGCAACAACGUGGUCUCCAAGACCGGUGUUUUGGCCACCUCUGCUGCCGCCGCCAUCUACGGAAUCUCCAACGAGGUGCUCAUCAUCCACGACGAGACCAUCUUGGUCGCCACGUUCUUGGGUUUCGUCACCUUGUGCGUCAAGUUCGUCGCCCCAUUGUACACGGAGUGGGCUGACGGCGAGAUCAAGAGAGUCACCAACAUCUUGGCCGAGUCCAGAAGCAAGCACACCUCCGCCGUCAAGGAGAGAAUCGAGUCUGUCUCGCAGUUGAAGGACGUGGUUGCCACCACCAAGCAGUUGUUCGAGGUGUCGAGAGAGACCGCCAAGUUGGAGGCCGAGUCCUUCGAGUUGAAGCAGAAGAUCGCCGUUGCCGAGGAGGCCAAGGCCACGUUGGACUCGUGGGUCAGAUACGAGCAGCAGCAGAGACAGAUGGAGCAGGAGCAGUUGAUCAAGUCCGUCUUGGACAAGGUCAACAAGGAGAUCGCCAACCCCAAGUUCCAGGACAGAGUCUUGGCUGAGUCUGUUGCCGAGGUCGAGAAGAUCUUCGCCAAGGCCUAG